AUGGCGGCAGACGCUAGUGUCGUUGAACUUUUCAUUGCUUCGAUUUUCGUAUCUCUUCUUGUGCUCCAUCUUGUUGAAGCUGAUCAGAAGAUUGUGGUGGCGCUUGCAAAGCUAGGUGUUCCUUAUCCUCCAGGCCAAAUAUUUGCAAGAGGGCUUGUGGGACAUGCUGCUCACGAUGCCAAUGUGUCCCCCAAGGCACUUCCGGCAACCUAG